AUGAGCUGUAUGAGCGAAGCGCAAAAAUAUCAAGGGGCUCUUUACAGAGGAGAGGGGAAAGGAAAGAAGGGAAAACAACAAAAUAAUCAGAAGAAUAAUUCGCAUAAUAAUUCUCAAUCGACUCCGGUUCAUAAAGCGUAUGUCGAGGAUGCGCAAGAUGAAUACGAUAAUUCACAACUCGCUACAGCUUCUUCUGUACCAAAAGCUCCUUCGCCACCAGCAGCCGUCAAUGUUUUCGAUUUUCUCGUUGAUCCUACACCCAAUGCAUCGCAAUUGCAACUCCCGGUCCCUGAUCAGGUCAUGAAUGAUUCUGAGCCUACGCGUUACAUCGAAUCCGAGCAACAAGUUCGUGAUGAAUCAAUGAGCGACAAUUCAGAUGUAUCCGAAGCAGAGGAGAAACCAUCUACGGAUUUGGUACGAGUAAAUGUAGCAGAAAGUCCACUUGCUAGUCUCGUCGAAUGGGGUUCUGGACCGGUACCUACCACUGGACCUUUCGAAACACCAGCUCCAAAAGCGAUUGAAUGGAAACCAACUAAAGAACAUGAAGGGAAAUCGAAAAAGGACAAGAAAGAUGAGAAGAAGGAUAAGAAAGAUAAGAAGCGCAAACGUUUACAUGUUGAUACUCAUGAUUUAUCAUCUCGAGAAGGUGAUGUUCCAAUGGAUGAUGCACCACCUGUUCUACAUUCAGGAUUGACUGGUGGACUCGGCAAACUUCUCUCUCGUCCUUCAGUCUUUCCUCCGUCACCAGAUUACUCGGGUGCGGAUGCAGAAAAAGAAUCACCUAGUGCCAAAACCAAAAAGACAAAAGAAUCCAAACGAGCCAGUCGUGCACGCACACGUCAUGAUGGAUUUGGAAGUAACUUUAUGGCCUUAAUCACCACACGUCAACCUUCUCGCGAACACUCUGAAGACCGACCCAAGAAACGCAAGCACAAGCAUGGCAACAAGACAACUGAAAAACAAAAGAUGCUCGAAUAUAAACCUAUCAAUGGCGCAGCAGAGACUUCUGGCGAAAAUCAAAUGGUAGUUUAUAAACCUCGCGCAGAACUUCUCAUGAGUAUGGUAAACAAGGGUCCUAAUAGUGAAAAAGGUGUAUCGAUGAAUAAAGCACUGAAGAGAUAUCAUCGGGAGAGAGUAGCGGCGGGAUUGGCGUUGGGAAAGGGUGAUGAGGAGAAGGAACUUUGGAGGAGUUUGAGAAUGAAGAAGAAUGAUAGGGGGGAGGUUGUUUUGUUUAUGUGA